AAGAAAGUUAAGCAACUGUUUUAUUUAACAAAAACAAAACAAAAUGUCUCAAAACGUCUUCAUAUUCUAUGCUUGCGUCGCACUUCUACGGGCUAUCCAUAGCCAGGGCUUGCCCAUUGCUGUAGCUGAAUUGAAUGCCCAACAUACGCCAAGUGUCAUACGCCAGACCAAAGCCACAGAAAUGCUGAAAUAUUUCAACGAUUCCAUUGAUCCUUGUGAAGAUUUCUUCGAAUUCACUUGCGGUAAUUUUGCAAAAUAUCAUCCCACCAAUACAACACUCAACACUUUUGAAAUACUGGAAGAUGCCAUGUUCGAUAAAAUCAAAAACGAAAUGCAUGUUGAGGAUUCUGAUGACACCGACGUGGAUAAGAAUAUCAAAAGUUUCUAUAGAUCCUGCAUACUUGCUUGGGAUUGGGUGGGGAGUUAUAAGCAAAAAUUCCAAGAUUUGAUCGAAGAAUUUGGACAAAUGCCAGUUUUGGAGGGUGAGAACUGGCGGGAGAGUGAUUUCGAUUGGAGCAGCGCAGUUGCCAAAAUUAUCUAUAAGACUGGACUACAAAUUUUCUUUAAAAUCGGCGCUACUGGCGACUUGAACGAUAACUCGAUUAGCCGUGUGGCUUUUGUCCAACCGCCCUUUGCCUUCAAGGACAUCUCUUUGUAUGUGGAUGAGUCCCUAUCCAUAGCAAAGCAGAUUCGUCUACAGUCAAUUGCUAGAGAAUUGGGAGUAUUUAUGGAUGCUCGAAGGGGAUUGAAUACAAAAACUGCCCAUGAAAUUUUAGAUUUCGAAACAUCAUUGGCCCGCGGUAUGUUUGAUAAUAAACUGAAUGUCAAUCUAAGCGAAAUCUAUAGGCUGGUACCCAUUGAUACGGUUCAGGACAAAUAUUCACCUGUCUGGGAUACCAAAAAAUUGGUAACUGAAGCCUUGGGCUUCACACCCGACUUAUUGCUUAUUCAACCCGGCUAUCUGGAUAACACUUUCGAAGUGAUGCAAAAAGCCUCCCCCAAAACAGUGGCCAAUUUUUUAUUCUAUCAAUACCUAGCCAACUUCAUGGAUGACAUUUACGACCAGCAGCAGGAAAAAAAUUGCAUCAUAAGUACUAGAAAUGUCUUUCAUCAGCCUUUGGUAAAUCUCAUCUAUCGCAAGUAUUUCAAUGAGCACAUAAAAGAGGGUGGGAAUAUUUUGUGGCACGAGUUGAAAACAGCCUUUGAGAAUACAUUGAAAUCCGACAGACUAACAUGGAUGAGUGCAGAAACCCGAGAAUAUGCGAUUCAAAAGCUGAAGGCCAUAAAUUUGGAAUUAGUCACCUAUGAGCAUAAUAAUUUUUCCCAAGAAUUCGGGGGCAUGGAUAUUAACGACUUUGACUAUAUCCACAAUAUGAAGUCAAUAUUAAAGCGUCAAGGUGAAUUGGCCCGGGCAAAAUUCGACAAGUCGCCGCCGCCCAUAAUGCCCGGUGGGGUUUCACCCAUCAAUGUGAUUAUAGAAAAUGUCAUUAAAGUUCCCAUUGGUAUACUGCAACCCAACUACAUUUGGUCCAGUUCUUACCCUUAUGCCUAUAAUUUUGGAACUCUGGGCUUCGUUGUGGCUCAUGAAAUUUUUCAUGGCUUCUUUGGUGUAGGUCGGUUGUGUGACAUCAAAGGCAACCUUCUAAAUUGGUGGGAUACGGAAUCGGAAACACAUUUCCGUCAACAUGCCAGAUGCUUUGUUGACCAAUACAAGUCUUAUAGCUAUGGGGGUCGGCCGUUGCCCGAAUUGGCCAAUCAAGAUGAAAAUAUUGCCGAUAAUGGGGGAUUGCAUUUGGCCUAUGAGGCCUAUCUAAGUUGGUGUGAAAAGCAUCAGGAUGCCGAGGAAUCUUUUCCUGGUUUGGAAUACAACAAUCGUCAGUUGUUCUUUAUAAGCUUUGGUCAAUUGAUGUGUGCCACAUCGCUUCCUGAUAUAAGGGCAGAACUAGCGGCCAGUGAUGUUCAUGUUCCAGAGAAAUUUCGUGUUAUAGGCCCUUUGUCAAAUUUUGACGAAUUCGCCAAAGAGUUUGAGUGUUCGAUAGGUAGUGCGAUGCAUCCUGCGAAGAAAUGUGGAAUUUAUUGAUUUAAGACAACAUAAGCACGAAAGUAAAAGGAUAUAUAUGUUUGAUUCAUUUUCAAA